AUGUCGUCAGAUCCAAGGCGUAUUUCCCUGUUUAAUCGAUGGCAGCAGAAACAAACAGACGUACCCACCGGACUGGAAGGAAUCAACGAAGAAGAAUUGAUCGAAUACAAGGAAGCAUUUCGACUAUUCGACAAGGACGGAAACGGCUCCAUCUCUUCUAAAGAACUGGGCGUCGCUAUGAGGUCUCUUGGACAAAAUCCCACAGAGCAGGAACUGCUUGAUAUGGUAAACGAGGUGGACAUUGACGGCAGCGGCACUAUUGACUUCCCUGAAUUUUGCCAAAUGAUGAAGAGAAUGAAUAAGGAGAAUGAUAGCGAAAUGAUCCGGGAAGCAUUCCGCGUGUUCGAUCGUGAUGGAAACGGGUACAUAACGGCAGAGGAAUUCCGCUACUUCAUGACUCACAUGGGCGAGCAGUUCAGUGAUCAGGAGGUUGACGAAAUCAUUGCCGAAGUCGAUAUUGAUGGAGACGGACAGGUAAAAUUAAAAAUAAAAGCUUUGUUAUGA